AUGAGAAUGACAAGAGAUGGAAAAGACCAGGAGUACAAGAAAGGUUUAUGGACAGUGGAAGAAGACAAGAUCCUCAUGGAUUAUGUCCGAACUCACGGCCAAGGCCAUUGGAACCGCAUCGCCAAGAAGACAAGGCUCAAGAGAUGUGGGAAAAGCUGUAGAUUAAGAUGGAUGAACUACUUAAGCCCUAGUGUAAACAGAGGCAAUUUCACUGACCAAGAAGAAGACCUCAUCAUCAGACUCCACAAGCUCCUCGGCAACAGAUGGUCGUUGAUAGCGAAAAGAGAACCGGGAAGAACAGACAACCCGGUAAAGAAUUAUUGGAACACUCAUCUUAGCAAGAAACUCGCUCUCGGAGAUCAUACAUAUGCGGCCAAACUGGCCUGCGACACAGAGACUCCAGAGUCUUUGGUUAUCACAACAACCAAAACUUCUUCACAACCGUCUUUGGUCGUCACAACAACUACAACUUCUCCGUCUCAUCAAGAUGUUUCUCCGUCUCAUCAAGAUGUUGGUGAUGAAAUUUCAACUUUAAGAUUUGACACUACGGACGACGAUUCCAAACUCAAUAAAUCCAAACCGGUCUAUUCAAUACAACCCGACGUCGAAGUUGCAGCUACCAUUCCAAAUCUGUUCGACACUUUUUGGGUUCUUGAAGACAACUUCGACCUUAGUUCACUCACAAUGAUGGAUUUCGCAAAUGGGUAUUGCCUCUGA